AUGGCGCUAAUAAAUGCUUAUCGAAGACGCAUAAAGCGAGUAAAUUCGCAGCCAUUAAACGAGCAUAAAACUCUGGCAGCCCGAAACGAAAUUGCGGGGCCGACAAAUCAAAGUACAAGCCUCAGAGCCCCGGCUACCCUUCUUUGGCAUAGAAUAAAACCGGGCAACAAUGAAACCCAUAGCGGCUCCCAAGCGAUUUCAAUGCGGGCAUUCAUCGGUCGAACCGAGGAUCCCAAGACCAAGCACAACCCCAAUCCCAAACCCCAGAAGGACCUUCCUUUGCCAUCCUCGUCACCACACCUUCACAUCCUUCAGAGCCGAGAACCCCCGUCCCCGGCCAAACACUCGCUAUAUAACCAUCUUACCCAACGUUGACAGCAUACAAAGUAACUUAAAU